AUGGCUCGAUCCUCCCAUCCCCCUCCCCUGAUGUUCUGCUGCAUGGCCGGGUUCUUUGGAAAAUACCUCUGCUUCAGUGGCUUUUCGUCCCGCAUGACUAUUUGGUGCUCCGCGAUGUGGGUCACCCCGGCCAAACCGUCGAAUCGCUUCAGCUCCUCCUCGAGGAACGCUAGGACAUUCGGCGAUGGCGGCGAGAUUUGCCGUAGGCUUAUCGAGUUUCUCUCACGGGCCACUUCUGCAUCCGCUAGUGGAGUCAAUCCGUACUCGCUGGCCCCUCCGGUAACCGCAGACGGCGGGGGAUCGGAUGACAUAGUUGGACCCGGUCGUCCUGGAGGCCGGGAGGGUGCGGCUGGUACCGCUCGAGAGUUCGGGGACGGCGGCGACGACGAUGUAGCCGUGGCAGCCCUUGGAGACGGCAGCGGCGAUGAUGUGGCCGUGGCGGCCCUUGGAGCCGAUGGCGACGACGAUGUGGCCGUGGUGGCCCCGGGAGGCGGCAGCGACGAUGAUGUGGCCGUGGUGGCCCUUGGCGACGAUGACGAUGACGAUGAGGAUGCAUCCGUGGUGGUUCUUGACGACGAUGACAUGGCUCGAGAGCCCGCUGCUGAGGUGACCGGUCUGGUCCUCGGAGACGGCGAUGACAAUGAUGUGGCCGUGGUGGCCGUGGUGGCCCUUGGAGACGGCGAUAACGAUGAUGUGGCCGUGGUGGCCCUUGGCGACGAUGACGAUGACGAUGAGGUGGCCGUGGUGGUCCUUGGACACGGCAGCGGCGACGAUGUGGCCGUGGCGGCCCUUGCAGCCGAUGGUGGCAACGAUGCCGAUGGCGACGCGGAUGCACCCGUGGUGGUUUCUGGAGACGGCAGCGGCGAUGGUGUGGCCGCGGUGGCCCUUGGAGCCGAUGGCGGCGACGAUGCGGCCGUGGUGGCCCUUGGAGCCGGCAGCGACGAUGGUGUGGCCGCGGUGGCCUUUGGAGCCGAUGGCGGCGCAAUGCGGCCGUGGUGGCCCUUGGAGCCGGUAGAGACGAUGAUGUGGCCGUGA